AUGUCCGUAGAGAAGUUUGACUCUUUACAUACCUUGGUUGAACCAUUUAUUACAAAACAGGAUACAUAUUGGCGUAAAGCAAUAACAGCAAAAGAGAGGUUGGCGAUUACUUUGCGGUAUUUGGCAACGGGAGACUCAUAUUCUAGUUUGCAAUAUGUAUUCUGUGUAUCCAAGCAAACCAUAUCAAUAAUAAUACCGGAAGUGUGCAGCGCUAUAACGGGAGCUCUUCAGGAUAUGGUAAAGAUUCCACAAUCAGAAAAUGAGUGGAUGGAAGUGGCCAACCAAUUUGAGACAAAAUGGAAUUUUCCUCAUGCCAUUGGUGCUUUGGAUGGAAAACAUAUAUCCAUUCAAGCACCUUUUGGAAGUGGCGCAGAAUACUAUAAUUACAAGAAGUUUUUCAGUGUUGUUCUUCUGGCAUUAGUAGAUUCGAAUUACAACUUUUUAUACGUCAACGUAGGAUGCCAAGGCCGGAUCUCAGAUGGCGGGGUUUUCAAGAAUACAACAUUGUACCGAAAACUUGAAAAUCAGCAACUAAACAUACCACCAUCCGAAAUUAUAGAUGAAGAGAACGUCACAAAAAUUCCAUAUGUAAUAUUAGGAGAUCAGGCUUUUGCGUUGGAUAGAUACAUGAUGACACCUUACUCAGGAAGCCAUAGAAAAGGUUCCAAAGAAAGAAUUUUUAACUAUCGGCUAUCUAGAGCACGCCGAGUAGUUGAAAAUGCUUUUGGGAUUAUGUCGUCCAAAUUUAGAGUACUAAGAAAACCUAUGAUUUUAAAUCCGACAUCGGCCAACAAAGUUGUCUUGGCUACAGUUUACUUACAUAAUUUUCUACGUAGAGAUUUGUUACCAAGAAAUAAAGUAACCAAUACAUCAGUUAAUGAAGAAGUCACAGCAACGCAAAAUCAAGUUGUAGAUAUCUCCCCCACUGAUAUUCGCAAUUUUUUAGCAAAUCAUUUUGUACAUAAUGCGCCGGUUCCAUGGCAAUACAAUNAGAGAUUUGUUACCAAGAAAUAA